AUGAUUCACAGCUCAUCAAAAGCAUAACGUUUAAUAGAGGAAGGAUAAUAAAAUAUCACUCUCAAAAAGUUAGUCAAAUUUUCACAUUAUGAAACCAUUUUCAAAUUUGUUUUCUUUCUUGUUUUAAGUAAAUUUAUAUCAAUAAGCUUUUCUUAGUUGUUAUCUCUUUAUAUAGUUUCGAUAUUAUCUAAUUUUAACAAUUCCUUUAAGAAAAGAAUUUUCGAAGAUUCGAUUGGAAGAAUAUCAAAUGGCUUUUCAUUGGACUAAUUCUGAUACAUGUAAAUAUGUAUUCUUAAUAAUAGAUUACUAAAGAGUUGAAUAAGUUGUUUGUAACAGGUUAUGUAGAAAGAAAGCUAGAUUCAAAAUAUAUAGGAAUUGAUAGAUAAUUAAGAGUAUAAAAAAUUGUGAAAUGGAUAUAUGACACAGUAUAUUAUAGUAGUGCAACACUCUUCGCAUUUUUCACAUUUAGAAAUGAAAAAUGGUUCCCAUCAGAAUUGGGUGGCACUGAUUUUAAAGAGACAUUAUAUGAUUUUCCUAACAUCCCAGAUGUACAAUUAUACGUUAGCAUUUUAUUAGAAUCCUUGGGUUCCUGUAUAUUAUAUGGUUUAAGCAUCAAGUCAUGUACAUGCUUUAUUGUUACUAAUGGUUUAUGGUACAAAGAUAGAACUGAAGUAUUGGGAAUAUUUAUUACAUCAUUCACUUGCUGUUAGUUUACUUUAUUUUUCAACAAUGUAUAACUGUGAAAAUAUUGGAAUUGUGGUUUUGUUACUCCAUGAUAUUAGUGAUAUAUUCUUGGCCUUAGGAAGAGCAUAUGGAGAUCUUGGUAAGACUAAGAUAUUGGUUUAUCUUGGAUUUAUUUCCAUCUAAGUAUCUUGGUUGUACACAAGAGUCUAUGUGUUCCCAAUCAAGAUAUAUGAUUGCAUGAUAAAUCAUCCACAAUUCCUACCUUAUUGGUAAUAUAUCACAUAUCAACUUUUUAUAGGGAACGAACUAAACAUGCUUAUUAUAAUCAAAUUGGACUUAUGGUUUUACUGUUCGGUAUGCAUGUUUAUUGGACAAUAUUUAUGGUUAAAGUAGGAUUGGGUAUUUUCUCAUCUGGUCGAUAUAAGAAUAUUUAUGAUAAUAGAGAAAAUAAAUUAGAUCAUAAGAAAGAGAAUUGA